UUUUUAAAUCACAGAGGCUAACGAAAUUCCGUUACCCUAUCUGUGCGUAUACAGGUCCGGUUUUUAGGUAUAUAAAAAAGGACAGGACAGGUAUUUUUUGUUGGACAAAAUUUGGGAUACACAACAAAUAAACUGUACACCCAGGCGAAACCCAUUGCUUGCGCAAAUCCCUUUUUAAAAAGCUGCAGUCGUAUUCAUCCCCUUGACUUCAGGUUGUAAAGUCAUUCAAUUAAUGGUAUGAAAUCUCUACAAGAUACCCCUCCAUCCAUCUGAUCUCUAGGAAAUUGGGUUUGAUCCCACCCAAGUAAACAUAUACAUACGCACAACUGUUCAGUCGCCAUCACAAUUGUUUAACGACCUUGCCUUUCAAGAUAUUUUCCACCCUCAAAGACAUACACAAACACAAUAUUCUAUGUAUAUUGUACGCCUGCAAUGUCCCCCCCAUCCCCUUCCUAUACUAAGUUUAAAAAGUUUCAUUCGAAUGUAUGAAUAAGGUGUAAAGUUAGUUAUUCUGUACUAAGGAAGGAAUAGACAUCGUCGGUUUUUCUACGAUUAAUUUUUGAGAACUUUAUUUUUGUUUAUAUUUGUUGCUAACAAAAAAAAAAAAAAACUAUAACUAUGGCUUUAAUUCAGUGCGAUGUGUGCAACAAAGAUUUUAAUCUUUCGGUGUUCGAAACGCAUUACGAGGAGUGCUCAAAGCCUCGUAACACAAGUGCAUCUAACAACAAAAUUAUUUGUGAUUUGUGUUAUAUGUCCGUAGAUAGCGGAACAUUUAGUGAGCAUUACAAUAGGUGUCUCGGACCUAAAAAUGCUUUUAAAGUGCUGAUGGGCGCUCAGAUUAAAAAUAAGCAUUUACAGCCUAUUUCUGAGCGCCAAAAUUAUGAUGACCAACCCUCCACUUCAGGAGCUGCAAUUAAACGGAUUAGGACCGAAGGUAAUUCCACCCAAAAUACCAAUAGAAAUAAGAUUAAGACUUCGGUUGAUACUAAUUGUGAAUUGUGUGGAGGAACUUACCCACAAUCAGGAAAAAUAAAGCAUAUUAGGUCAGAAAAGCACAAGAAUGCAAUUGCGGGAACGAACAAAAAUGUUGACGUUAUUCACCUGGCGUCGGAAACAGAAUUCCCAAUUAGGUCAUAUCGGAUUCAAUCCUCCGGUACAAAAGAUAUUAUUGACCUUAAAGAAUUUUAUAAACAAUGUCAAGCCAACAUGGUACAAAUUCUUACUCAUGGAAUGGAUGAAUUUAAGUCUAUAAAAUUCAGUAUCCAAAUUUAUGGAUUAUAUGUCAAAUACACCGAUGAUGGAGAUUGUGUUGAAACAUAUAAGCAUUUUGGUACUGCAUAUCUUUCGGUUUAUGAUGUUGAUUACUUACUUCCUCGAAUUGAGGAAGGUAUCGAUUAUUACUCAGGAUGGGCUAUAAAAGCAUUUAAAUAUUUCGAUAUUACAGUAAUUAAACUGGAACACAUUCCCGUUAGAGGAUAUAUUCCUGCUCCUUCAACCAUUAAAGCUAAAAAUGCUUUAAUUAAUGUUAAAAACAAUGAUGAAUAUUGUUUUAAGUGGAGUUUACUGGCCUUUAUUGCUUUUAAAAGCCAUGCAUUGGAUCAAUUUCCAACUCCCAGACAAAGAAGGGCUGCUAGAGAACAACUACAAUUCCCUGCCUUCUAUAGAAAUUUUAAUAUUUCACAGGAAAUUAUUCAAUACAAAGAAGCAACGUUAAUUUUUACUGGAAUAGAGUUUCCUAUUACAAAAAAAGGGAUAAAGAUAUUCGAAAAAUUAAAUCCCAAUUUCAGCGUAAAUGUAUAUGAAAUUGACGCAACAGGAAAACAAAUUGUAGGGCCCGUUGUAAGGACUGAUUUUAAGUCUAGGCCCUCACAUAUAAAUUUGUUACUAAUUGAAAAGGAAAAUUCUUUACAUUACGCAUACAUUACCUGUAUGAGAACACUUUGCUAUUCGCAAUGUUCCAAAUCUAGAACUCCUGCGAAUUUUUGUGAGAAUUGCUUGCAGUUCAUAACAACAACAAAUUCGACACACGAUACAAAGGAGUGUGGUAAAGUUGCCGCAACAUAUCCAACUCCGAAUUCGGUUACGAAGUUUAAAAACUUUUAUAAAAAACUAUCUCCGCCAAUAGUUAUAUAUGCGGACAUCGAAGCGGUAUUAAAAAAUAUUCAUACCGCAAUAAAUACGCCGACUAAUUCAUCAACAACCAAAGCCCAGAAGCAUAUUGCUUGCGUGGUUUCAUUUUGUGUGGUGCACAAAUACGAUUCAACUUUAAAUAAACAAUGGACAUAUGAAGGUCCUGAUUGUAUCAAACAAUUUUGUAAGGCCCUCAAGGAUACCACUUUGGCUCUUUACAAUAAAUAAUGGGCUCAUCAUGAAGAUCCAACCAGACCAUUGGAUCCAUGCGAGGAGUACCAGAACGAAAAUGAAGAUUGCUGCGCCUGUGAGCUACGAAUUCGGGGGACCGCCGACCCGUACUUCAAUCAAUUUACUGGUAGCUAUAUAGGUCCUAUUCAUAAGAACUGUAAAGUAGAGUAUGAGCUUAAAGAGGCGUUUUUCCCAGUAAUUUUUCAUAACCUUUCAAGGUACGAUAUCCAUUUAUUUAUUAAGGAAUUAGGUGAUAAUUUAAAGCCAUUACCUUGCAAUAAGGAAUUAUAUAUUGCCCUCACCCAAACCAUUAGAAUAAAUGCUAGUUGACGAUAUAAAAUUCAAUUUAUAGAUUCAAAUAGGUUUUUAAAUUCAAGUUUAGAAAAACUAGCUAGUUAUUUGGACGAUGCAAAUUUCAGUCUAUUGAAAACUAAAUUUCAGGAUGAGAAAUUCACCCAAAUGAGGCGAAAGGGAGUAUUCCCUUAUGACUUUUUAGAUAGCUUUAAAAAAUUUAAUGAGCCAGAACUCCAAUUGAAUAUUUUUUUAAUUCCCUCACAGACCAAGCCUGUUCUGCCGAAGAAUAUGAAUUCGCUCAAAAGGUUUGGUAAACAUUUAAUUGUAAAACUCUAAGGGACUAUUUAAAAUUAUAUUUAGAAAGCGAUGUAAUGAUUUUAGCUGACGUAUUCGAAAAUUUUAGAAAGAUUUGUCUACACAUCUAUAAACUUGAUCCCGUCAAUUAUGUAACGGCUCCCUCAAUUUCCUGGGAUGCAAUGUUAAAAUUCACGCGAACAGAAUUAACUCUAAUAAGUGAUCCUGAUAUGUACAAUUUUCUUAAGAGAUCUAUACGAGGAGGAUUGACUCAAUGCACUCAACGAAUUUCAAGUGCUAAUAAUAAAUACAUGGAAGACUUCGAUAAUAGCAAACCCACUAAUUUCUUAGCAUACAUUGAUGCUAAUAAUUUAUAUGGUUGGGCCAUGAGUCAACCCCUUCCCUUAUCAGAAUUUAAAUUUUUAGAUUAUCAGGAAAUUAUGCAGUUAGAUAUAAAAAAUAUGCCAGCAAACGGGGCUUAUGGGUACAUGCUCGAAGUAGACCUCAAAUAUCCUAUUGAACUUCAUAACGCGCAUAAUUCAUUGCCCUUCUGUCCUGAAAGUAAAUUGCCUCCAGGCUCAAAAAUUCCCAAGCUAAUAGCUGAUUUAAAUGAUAAAGAAAAUUAUAUUAUACAUUUAAAAUACCUACAAUUAUGCAUUCAACACGGGAUUAUAGUAAAGAAAAUUCAUAGAGUACUAACUUUUAAACAAUCUUGUUGGCUAAAACCCUACAUAGAUUUAAACACAAAACAUAGAAAAUUAGCUAAAAAUGAAUAAAAAAAAUUUUUUUAAUUAAUUAAUAACGCUGUGUACGGGAAAACAAUGGAAAAUGUCCAGAAAAGUAGAGUCGUGGCACUGGUGUCUCAUUACCAAUCAAAACAAAACUCACCUGGUUUUAGACAACGAAUCGCCAGUCACAAUUUUCAUAGUGUAGAACUUUUUGGCCCUAAUUUAGCUGCAAUCGAGUCCACACAAACAUGUAUAUUUUAUGAUAAGCCCAUAUAUAUUGGAUCCAGUGUUUUAGAACUGUCCAAAUGGUUAAUGUAUGAUUACUUCUAUAAUUUUCUUUCUAUAAAGUGUCCUUCGUCAAGUAUUAUUUAUAUGGAUACCGAUUCCUUUAUUAUAUCAUCCAAAGAAGACUUUUAUAAAUUAAUAAAAGAAAAUCCUAGUCGGUUUGAUACAUCAAACUACAAAGAAAAUAAUAAAUAUAAUAUAGCUCAGGCCAAUAAUAAAGAACUAGGCUUAAUGAAAGACGAAAAUGCAGGAAAAAUAAUGAAGUCCUUCGCGGGUCUAAAGGCCAAGGCCUACUCAAUCUUAGUUGUGAAGGACAGUAAUCAAAAUUCAGACCAAAGUCCUUACGAAUGUAUAAAAAAGGUUAAGGGAGUUCAAAGAUCGGUUGUAAAUAAGCUAUCGCAUAAUGAUUAUAUAGAAUGUAUUAAACAAAAGAAAACUUAUUAUGGGGAACAGCGAACAAUUAGAAGUAGAGCUCAUAAUCUUUAUACUGAAAUAGUUAAUAAAAUAAGUCUCAAUUAUAAGGAUGAUAAAAGGUUUAUAUUACCUGAUAAAAUACAUACACUAGCUCACGGACAUUUUGAA